AUGGACACACAGACCAUUGAUAGUGGUCUAUCUGGAAGAAUGGGAGUGGCAUGUCGAUCCCCUCUAGAUCAGUGGCCGUCACCCCCAGCCGCACACGCCCACAACAGCUCCGGAAACAUGCUGAGCAGCAACACCAACGGUAGCUUCACGGGCUUCUCCUCGUCCAUGUCGGACAACGAAAACAGCAACAGUAUGAUGAGUGACUGCCAGAGCAGCAACAGUGGCACGGCGCCCAUCAGCCACGUCAAGAGUACGUCUGGUAACACGACGACCACCAGCCACCCCAGACAAAACCUGGUUAGCAAUAUCAUGCUGCACGGCGUAGCGAUUGUGUCGCUAGUAAUUGAUAACAAGGAGCGACUGUGUCUCGCACAAAUCUCCAACACUCUUCUCAAGGACUACAGUUACAAUGAAAUCCACAACAGACGCGUGGCGCUGGGCAUCACAUGUGUCCAGUGCACCCCAGUUCAACUGGAAAUAUUACGUCGAGCAGGUGCGAUGCCAGUAUCUUCACGAAGAUGUGGAAUGAUCACCAAAAGAGAAGCCGAGCGCCUGGUCAAGAGCUUCCUGGAAGAAAACACGCCUCCAAAACUGCCAGACGACUUCGCCUUUGACGUGCACCACGAAUGUGGCUGGGGAUGUCGUGGUUUCUUUGAGCCAUCCAGAUACAACAGCUCAAGAGCCAAGUGCAUCAAGUGUUCAUUCUGCAACAUGUACUUCUCCCCCAACAAAUUCAUCUUUCACUUCCACCGGAUGCCUGACGCCAAAUACAACCAUCCCGACGCUGCAAACUUCAACUCCUGGAGACGGCACCUCAAGUUGUAUUCCGGUGUGGAGAAUGACGAGAUUGCAUAUAAAUGGGAAGACGUGAAAGCGAUGUUUAAUGGAGGCACAAGGAAGAGAGUAUUUUCAUCAUCAUCCGCUUCUUCAUCUUCAGCAUCCUCGUCAUUAAACGCAUCAUCAAUAUCAUCUAUGAAUCAUUCGUCUGGACAUUUCUCAGGACGAUCUCAUGGCAACCCAGACGGAGGCAGCGGUGGCAAAAAGGCCAAAACAACAGCUCCAAUGCAGUCAAAUCCUUACCUUCCUAAACCUCCAACGUUCCCAAAUCCAUUCAAUCCUUAUAACUGGCUGGCUACCGGCCAAGGAAAGGCGCCAUAUCCAUUCAUGGCAAUGAACUCUUCCCAGUCAAUGUGCUUUGGUUUCCCACCUCAAGCAGCGGCAAACAAGGACGCCAUGGCUGAACGGAUGAAGGUUCCCCCUUUAGCACCAACAUCUUGGAUGGGUCGGUCUGCAAAUCCUGGUCCGUUUUCUUUAUCAUCUAUGGAUUUGUUUUGGGACAAGGCAUUUAGUUUUCCACAAGCUGCAGCUAUCGGGUUCAGAAACAAUGGUUACCCGUCUCCCGCACUUCCUGGAGCAGCUGCAGCACAUUCAGCAGUAACAGCAGCCAUUAUUGACAACCCUGGGCAUCUCUCUCCUCCGUCUGAAGUAGCGCCAUGUCACUCUCCUGCCCACAAUGUUCCACAAAACAUAAUGAAGUCAAGUUUUCAGCGGGGAGGGGACAAGAUUCGGGAUCGUAUGUCUGCUUUUAAACGAGUUGUCCCGUGUUCAUCUUCGCCUUCGUCGUCAGUAUCGCCACCACUCAACAAUCAUGGAGACGCCGAGAGCCAUGUUCACAAUGACCUCCAAAGGGAUGAUGACGCUAAUGAAGACAGUGACAGCAUGUGUGCCCAAGAUCUUAGCACUCACAAAGACAUUGAGGAAUCUGAAGAAAUUGACGUAGAGGAGGAUGCAGAUGAAAGGAAGAAGAAGUACACAGAAGAAUGCGAGAUUGCUGACACAAAUGAUCUUGUAGAAAAAGAGGAGAAUUCAGACGGUGAAAAUGAGGGGCAACAUAUAAAUCAAGCCCAAUUGUCCGAGGUUGAUGAUGCAUGUGAUGAGAAAACAGACAAUGGAGACCUUGAAAAUGAUACGGAUGAAAUGGCCUUGAGUCCGCAUAAACCUUCUGUAACUGGGGAGACGAGUAAUGGAGAUCUAGAAGUAGAAAACUCAGCGGAGCCAUGCGCACAGGAUUCUGGGCUAUCAGACGAGUCUGACACUGAGGCAGAGAACCAUCGAACGUUUGUGGAGAUGACCAAAGAGGAACUGUGUCAAACUUUAAAGAGCGAAGUGGAAAGUCGAAGGCGUCGGGAGAAGGAAGUCAACGUCCUGAAAGAAACAUUCCGAGAGGAAGUAAACAGGGAGAAGUCAUUCAGGGAACACAUGGCUCAGCAGCUAGAAAUGUUACGAGAAACUUUAACGAGUGAACUAGAACAAGAGCGAAAGAUUCGGUUUUCACUGCAGCAGAAACUGAAAGAGGCCCACGAUGCAUUACAGAACUUUUCAUGCGGACUGCUGACCGGAAGACGUGACGCCUUCUCUCUGAAAGACACAAUUGUUAUACCCAGGUGA